UGUGGGGGGGUGUUGUCUGGUACGAGAGGCUGCGUGGGCGUUGCUAUGGUUACUGCCUUCCUUCCAGGCAGGCGCUCCCCUGUAUCAUGUACCUGCUGCUUGCUUUUUCCUGCCCCAUAGGGUAGUCUCUGGGGUUUGGUGACCAGCUUGGGGUAGGUCAUCUCCCCCCCCCCCUGCCUCGCCUCUCUCCGGUGGGCUUCCGAGAAGGCCCCUUGGACCGUCGGAGGCGGGGCGGCGUUGUGUGGAAUAAGGGCUGCCUCUUUCUGAAAUAAGGGCAAUUCCUGUCACUGUCACGUGCCUGUGUGCAAGCACCGCAGCUGCUGACUUUGCGAGGGUCUGCACUAGGUUGGCCGGAGAACUUGUGGCUCUAAAAAAUCACAGCACUGGGAGAUGGCUCCUGGCAAACCAAAGGAAAUAAUGCUCCAGAGCUUAGCCGAUUUACUGCAAGAGUCUGGAGACUUGAUUCUGGAUGGUACUAGCACUUUGACCUUAUUCACCUCCACACUGCAGAUUCUCACUCAGAUCUUUGAGCAGCACCUAUUACCACGAAACCAGAACCAUGGCUUCAUUGCACUCUCCUCACACCCUGCUGAAACAUCUGCCAUCCUUCAAGCCCAGUUUCUCUUUGAUGUCUUGCAAAAGACGCUCUCUCUGAAGCUUGUUCAUGUUCCUGAUUAUGCUCUGCCAGUUGAUGUGAAGAUUUUCCCCUUCAAGUCUUUGCGACGUUUAGAGCUGAAGUGUGUUCCUUUGCACUAUCUGCGGGGCCUGCGGUAUGUCUAUUCUCAGUUGGAGGCUUUAACCUGUUCCAAAUGUGUGAACUCUCUGAAGGAGAUCAUCUCUGCAUGUGGCGGGGACCUCAGUUCUGCCCUUCCAUGGCUAGAACUACAGACUGUCAACUUCAGCUACAACUCUAUUGUAGCCUUGGAUGAUUCACUGCAAUUGUUGAAUGCCCUGAAGGCCCUGGAUAUCAGUCAUAAUCUCAUCCAGGACUGUGAGUGCUACCUGACAGUGCUGACAGAGCUGGAAUAUUUAAAUGUGGCUUAUAACCUCUUGCCCAAGAUGCCUGAACUUGGGCUGCACAGCCAGGCUAAACUGGUGACCUUGAUCCUGCGGUACAACCAGCUUGAUAACAUUAAUGGUGUGGAAAAGCUUCCCAGCCUUCAGCACUUGGACAUUGCCUAUAACCUGCUGUUGGAACACACUGCGUUGGCACCGCUGUCAUCGCUACACAACCUGAGAAGACUGCAUCUGGAGGGGAAUCCUUUAGGGUUCCAUCAGAACCACCGGCCUGCUACCAUAAGUCACUUGUCUCCUAGAUCUAUCUCCAGCAAUUUCCUUCUUGAUGAAGAGCCGCUGUCUGCUUUUGACCUGAGGCACCUCUCAAAGCUGGAUCAGGCUGCUGUCCAAUCAAUCUUCACCUCAGUCUCAGAGAGGGCCCCGACAGACCGCAGUGCCCUGGAAAGUUCAUGUGCUGCAGACCAAAGUGACAGCCAGUCCCCUGCAGAGAGCAGACCACCCCUAUUACCCCCUCGGAAAAGAAAUAAGGGGCAAGUGAAAGUGCGUAGGGCCAGCAUUUCAGAGCCCAGCGAUACUGAACAUGAGUACAGAAGCCUGCCCGUCUCAGCAGGUAUAGUUCGGCAGCACCAGGCAGAGAUGGAGCGUAUGGACAGUUUCCGGGAUCGCUUUGGUACCCGCUGGCUCCAGUACAGGCGACACCUGGAAGCAGAUGGACAGGCAGCAACCAUCACCCCUUCUGGCAGCCCCACAGUAGAAUAUCUGGCCGGCUCAGGCGAGGCUUCCCAACAAAGCAAGAACUCUGUGGAGGAGCAAAAAGUUCCUGAGGCCACAGAGGAAAAGGAACCAGAGCUGCCUAUGCCUGAAAUCCUGGCAGAAGGCCCCCAGGCAGUAGUGGAAACUGAGAAGAUGCCAGUUAAAGAAGAUAAAGGCCAGGAGGAAAAACCAGAAGUGGAGCUCUACCAGCCUGUGCUGGUAAGCCAGAUAGAAGAUGGCUGUGACCCAGAACCAGACUGGAUCUUUUUGCGGAUCACUUCCCGACACAUAAUGGAGGUGGAGCUGAGAAAAGGCAAGGUUUUGCGCAAGCUGGAGCUGAAAAGUCUUCGGAAAAUAGAAACCUCAGAGAUGCACUGGAGAAGGAUGGACCUUGAGCGGGUGUUUCCUGUUCUCACACUGCACUUCAGCUAUAUCCGCAAGGACCGUCGGAAGCGCCGAUACGUAGUGUUGGAUAACAACCCUGAGCUGUGUGUGCAGGAUUUGCUCCGGCUGCUGGAACCCACCCUGGAGGAAAACUGGAAGAAGGCUGAGGGAAGUUCAAAGCUCCAGUGUCUAAAAUGCAAACAGGAAUUUGCUGGAUGCUUGUCACUUGGACGGCAGAAUCCAGGCUCCACUAUAGACACUUCAGCUUUCUCUGAACAAGGUGCCACUGCUCUCAGUGAGCCCACCAUCUGCCCCAGCUGCUCCAGCGACCAUGUGGUCCUCUUGCCCUGCGAGGGGCGUUCCAGCACUCCAUUGCUUCCUGGGGAAAGCCAGCAGGAGGUUGAGUCUGGAAAGUUCUACACUGGCGAAGAGACUACCUCUGAAACGGGAACCGGCUCCAGUACCCAGCUGAGCAGUGACCAAGGCAGCGCUGCCCAUUCCAGCUCCCGCAGUUCGGAAGGGGCGGACGGCAGUGGCAGCAAGAGUGGCUUGAGCUCCAGGGGCCGCUCCUCCUUCCUCAGCCACACGGAUACCAAUGGCGGGGGCCUGUUGGGGAGCUAUCAGUAUGGCCCUUCCCCUGGGCCCACCCCUUCCCAGCUCUCCCUGAGCUCGGAGCAGGAGGAACACUGGAAUCUGAGCCCCCCCACCCACAGUAUUAUGGGCAUGCAGGACUUCUCCUCUGUGGAUCAUCGGCUCAAGCUUUAUUUGGACAUGGAGGUCUUUGACAGGGUGGAGGAGUUCAAGUGCUUUCUGAAGGUGGCUGUUGUGAAGAAUGGCCGACCUGGGGAAUUCUUGGCCCUCCUGGUGGCUUCAGACACCCAGUUCCACAUGCUGGAGAUUACAGGACGGAUUAGGGGACAGCCAUCUGCUUGGCUGAAGAAGGGGGACAAUCACUGCCUGUCUCACCUCUCUUGCCUGGAGGUGGGACUGUGCCAUCAAAGCUUGCAUAUGGAGUUUGCGAAUCCCUGCGCCUCCUAUAACCUGCUGCUUCGCAACCAGAGUCACUGCAGAAGAUUCCUCCAGUGCCUGACAUAUCUCACACAGGAAUUGCCGGCCAAAAUCAGGAGGAAAAUCCCAGAAGUUACUGUGGAGGAAAUGAAUCCACAGCAUCCAUUGUGGCCAUUUAUUGAAAAGGACCUAGCAAGAGAAGCUGCACAUGGCUUGGCCAGACCCUUCUUCUACCUGUUAGCAUACCUCAUUCAAGGGGCUUCUGCCUUUCCUGUGACUGUGCUCAGCACCCGUAAAAAAAUCUUCCUGGUGGAAGAAGAUCACCAGUGGCAAAACAUCCCACCCUCUGCUGCCUCCGACACUGGCGCUGAGAAGCAGGCAAAGAAAUGCUCCCGGCUGAAAGGGAGUGAACCAAUCAGCAGCAUCUGUGGUGUUAUACUUUACCGUUUCUCCCCUUGUGACAUGAAGCUGCAACUUUACGAUGAGGUCCUGAAGGUGGAGAGCAGUUGGCAUUUGCGAACAGAAUGUCCAGACCUGCUGGCUGAUCUGGUAGAAUGGCUGCGUGUGCCCUGGGAAGAGAUGUUCUCCAUUGCUCUCCAGAAGACUGUGCUUGAGGUGUUGGACUGAACCAAAGAAGCUCUGACUAAUAUGUUUCUGUCCCUGUUGGAUUGGAAGGACAAGUUCUUUUUUGAGCCACUUCCUAGAAUGUGGUGCAUGACACCAUUUUGAACUUCGCGGCUGUUGGAAAUCCCAGCGGCAUCUGGGAACUGUAACCGGAAAGCUUGCAUCUGUCUUCUGUUUUGACAGUGCAGAAUCCUGGUCAGUUGCAAGGCCUCUUGGUGGCUGUGUAGGUCGCUUCCUGCAGGGCCAAGAGGUGAGCCAGCCGCAGACUGACCACAUAUUACUUCCUGUUAGACUGGAAGAAGCUUCAGGGUGGCCUCAAAGCCAAAACAAAACUUUCCACAGCCGUUCCAUGCACACGCGUCACUUUCUCUUGGGUAGCAGCUACUGGAGAUCCUAACUCUCCUAACUCUCCUGGAUUCUACACAAAACUUGACUGUUCCCAGGAUCCAGGUACUGGCCUGGCACUCUCACUGAAGAUCCUGGGAAAUUAUCUGACCUUCUUUGCUUAGCUAUGUAGGCCUCACUUUCCAGACUGACCAGAUGAAUAUGCUGCAAUCUGUCCCUGUGCUGGUAGAACAUUCCUAAGGGUUGCCUUAGCUAUGGGCACAAGGAUAUGAGAACUCUCUCCUACACUUUGUGGAUGUGGAGAUAUUUUGGCACUCAGGGUAUGACACACUGGAAGCUACUGUCUUCCCUGGGACAAUUUUAACUGUGAAACUUUUAUUUUUUGGUGUUUAAUAAAAAUCGUUUUAUUAACUUCUUUUGGUUCUUCCUUGCUGAGAUGAUGCAAAUUCCUAAUUGGCUUCGAUUUUGCAAGUAACUGAAGCUGCUGUUCUUCUGAGAAUUGCGCCACGGAAAAUACUGAGCUUUAAGGUGGGCUGUGGCUUCACAGUCUAACAGGGGUUCUCAAACUUAGCUCUCCACUUUUGCUGGAAUAAAAAUCCCAUCAUCCCUGACCAGUGUUUGAAACUCCCAGCCUUUUAGGCACAUUUUGCAACAGGGAGUUUCAUUAGUGCGAGUAGUUUCUGAGCUUUGGAUGCAGUACUGUUCCUAAGAUUUCAGAUUAAAACUGCAGAGUGGAAGGAAAGGAGGAUCUUUUUCUGUGCCUCCACUUCUAGCUGUUCUCUGAAGACUGGAGAAGAGACCCUCUUAAGAAUAUUAGGGGGAUGGGCCAGGGAAGGACUAGACCAUGUUGAAAACGAUAAUAUUUUAGCUGCAGUUCAUAUAUUUUCAGCUUUAUAUUCUUGUUAUAAAAAAGCGCAUCUAGGCAUUCCGUUGUUGCACCCAUAACCUAGGCUUAAGGUGCCAUUUAGCUCCUAGCUUUCAUAACUCAGUUUCUAACACUGUGACCACUGGUCCUGCUAGCUAGGGAUGAUGGGAGUUGUAGUCGAACAACAAGUGGAAACCCGAGUUUGAGAAACACUGGUCUAAUAAAAGUGCUUCAGUUUUAGACUCUGGGGAGUGCAGGGAGAUUAAAGUGCAGGGUCUACAGUUUUGCCUGGUACUCCAGAAACAACAUUGGGAGUGUUGCAGCAAGUCUGGUGGUGAUCUUUGUGUCCCCAGGAGACCUCGAGUAACUAUCUGAAGAAGUGUGCAUGCACACGAAAGCUCAUACCAAAAUAAAAACCUAGUUGGUCUUUAAGGUGCUACUGAAUGAAUUUUUAAAUUAUGUUUCCAUAGUCAUUGAUGAAACCUUCUACAGAGGCAUGUUAAUCUGUCAAGGCUUGCUGCCCCCUUCUUUGGGGGCUCCCCUUCUACUAGGUGGCUGAAAUCUGAGGAGACGUGUAGGGGACGCUGUGCUGAGCAGACCAGGGAAAUUAUGCAAUCUCCGUCCC